AUGUCUCAAAAGUCGGGAAGAUCUUCUCCAUCUCCAAAAGAGGAUGACACUCAACUGCAGGUCCCUCCUACUCGAUCAUCCAGAUCUUCCACAUCUUCGCAGCCUGAUGUGGGACCUCAAACUCGCUCGGCUGGUCUUCCCACCAACCUCAAAUUAAAAGUCGCUACUCAAAUGAGUAGACUGCAACUCAUGAAGGACAUCUUCUCCAAGCUGUCCAACGUCUCAACAUGGACUUAUUACAUCGCAUUCUCUGCUCUAACUGCCUCGGUAGACAUCAUCGCCACUCUUGCAGAACGACAAAGAUCUGCAAAAUCUGUGGAAGUCGUCAUCACACUCUUCUACAUGAUGCUCCUCUCAGCAGUAAACCACACUGCAAAGUUCCACCGGUACCCCCUCGAGUGCUUCCUCAAUCAGCUCUCACAUCUCAAAAAUCUGCUCAAAGGGAGCUACCUCAACCACGACUCAACACUCUCCUCGCCACUGCCAUCGCCCAUCUCAUCACCUCAACAGGAUCACACACGGUUCGACUACUCAUCGACAGUGGAUCCGAGCUGACCUUCAUCUCUCAAGAUCUAGCCAGAAAACUCAACAUCUCUAGAAGGAAGUCGCAUGUUGUAAUAGUGGGAAUUCAUGGAAAGACUUCUAAGACACA